AUGCGCCACUUCGACGCCUGGGUCGUGCGAGACCCAUAUUCAAUCUGGCACUACUACUCUACCGGCCGUCGCUGGCAAGACACAGUCCGCACUCUAAUCCAAGAGCGCAAGAUCUGUUCCCCAUCCCAAGAACCAGAGACCGAACCCACAAACACCAAGCCCAUAAAUCCUCAAUCAACAAGUCCCCUUUUGUCCCAACUCCCACCCGAAAUCCGCCAAAUGAUCUGGGGCUACGUCUUCGGCUCCAAAACCAUCCACCUCGUAACAGUGAAAGAUAAAAUCCGCCACGUCGCCUGUCCCCAAUCAAACCCAUCUCUAACUCAACACCGACACUGUUGUCCCUAUACACCUGCUCGCUGGCGAAUCUACGACGGCCGAGUACCCGGACACUCGGACAGACUUCUCUACCCACAUACACAUGACCUGUUACCCGAUCAUCUUUCUAAUAGCGGGAACGCACUACUUCAAACCUGCCAAGGUAUCAAUCUCGAAGCAUCAGACCUACUCUAUCAACAAAGUAACUUUGACGUUGAUGACCUGUAUACAUUUAUUGCAUUUGCGUCUGCGAUCGGAACCCAAAAGCUCAACUGUAUCCGGCAGUUAACCGUGCAAUGGAUGCCGGUUUGGCAACCAUUCACGGGGAAAGAUCACAAGGGAUCAAUAUACGCUCAUACCCACAGUGAUGCAUUAUGGAGCGAGUUCUGGAGCGUUGUAUCCUCUAUGCGGGGAUUAAGAGAGUUACAACUCAGUAUUGAUUUGGGAAGAUUUACCGGCACGCAGAUAGGCGGAGGACCUGUUAUUGUUGCGGGGCAGAGAAUUCCACUUGUGCUUAGUGAGGGGUGGUUGUUACCGUUGUUGAAUGUGAGGGGGUUGAAGGGGUUUGAGCUUGCUGUUACGGCACGAUGUGAUGCUGCAGCUAAGGGGGUGAUUGAGGAGGAAUUGGUGAGGGAUGCGGUGGUUUUAAGGGAUCAGUUGAGAGCGGUGAUGUGUUCGCCUGUUGGGAUGUCGAUUGGAGGGAUUUUGGGACUUGGACUGAAGGAGUGGGCGUGUGCUUUGGAGGCUUUACGGGAGAGGGGGGAAGGGGAGGAAUUACUACUGCAGCAGAGUCGGAGGAAUGGUGCACGGUUGGCUAUUACUGCGGCUUGA